UUUACACAGGGAAUGUCUUGAGGUUAAAUCAUACUUACUUCAAAUUAGUGACGGAAUCAAUGACCUGGUAUCAAGCAAAGGAAUACUGUGAAGAACAUGGUGGUUAUCUUGCAGACAUUCUUUCACAAGAAGAGCAAGACAUAGCUACGGAACUUGCCUCUAACGUGAACGUGAAUGUUUGGAUUGGCGGUAUUAGAUAUGGCACUCAAAAUCAUUUCUUAUGGUUGGAUCAGACACCUGUAGAAAGCAGCUACACGAACUGGUACCAGGGUCAGCCUUACCACGCCGCCGGCGGUACAGUGUGCAUGAAUAUGAUUAUAGAAUGGAAUUACAGAUGGAAUGAUGCGUCUUGUAGUAGUCUUUGUGGCAGCAUCUGUAAAAUUAAAGAACAGUUGUGAUUCUGUCGACUAAGAAAAACCAAAGGGAGCUUGAUGAACUGUUUAAAAAGUACACUUUCAAGAAUCAUUACAUCUUUUGUAUUUGUAUCCAAGAGAAAGCAGGAUGGGCGGACGGAUGACGCAUAAUUCUUUUAUAAAGACACUUUUCUUGAUUGUGACAUAGAACUAUAUGUAUUUUACUUCGUACAUAAUAUCGAAUAUUUAUUGAUUUACCUUGAAGGUGAAUAUUUACAGUAUGAGGCUGUAUUGGGCUGUCGUUUAAAUGUCUAUUUUAAGCUAUAUAUCGGACGUUCUGUACGCAUCUAUACUGGGUUGUCUUUACGCAUUUAUUUUGGGCUGUAUAUAGGCAUCUACGAGUACAUUAGACUGUCUAUUCGCAUCUGUAUACAUUUGCAACCAUCUAUAUGAAUCUAUAUUGGGCUGUCUAUUAGUAUGUGUAUUUGGCUGUCUAUAUACAUUUAUAUUGGGCAGCAAAAUUGUGUUUUGAUAAAAAUCGUACUGAAGUAUCUAAAAUGAUAGAAAAAUUAUUUUGAUUUCCAUGCGUAUAUGCACAAACUUAUCAGUCGGUCGACCGGUCGGUCGUCGGUAAUAAGGGCAAAGUGCUUAUGUGCCAACUUAUAUAGUAUAAAUACACAUACUAGAUUUUGGUAAAUAAUUAAAACUCUUUAAUUCAAUGUAUGGUAUUACCGAUUUUAUAUUACGGAUCUGAAAUAUGGGGUUUUCAUAAAUCUCCGGACAUAGAACGAGUACACUUAAAAGUUUCUAAAACAAAUACUUGACGUUUAACAAUAAACAUGCAGUACUGCAGUUUAUGGAGAAUUUGUUUAAUUUCCUUUGUAUACAGUACGUAAAAUUAGAAUAUUUAAGUUUUGAUAUAAAAUUAAAAAUAUGCCUGACUCAACUAUGUUAACAUUAAUGAUGUUGCAGGGACGAAAUAAUACAUUGUUAAAAAGUUGGUCAUGUAAUGUAAAAAGGCAAUUAGAUGACCUUGGUUUUUCUUUCCUGUGGAAUUGUGAUAGAAUAUCUGAAACGAAUGUUAGAUUAAUUAUUCAAAGAAUCCAUGAUCAUUAUUUUCAACAAUGGUUAUCUAAAUUAGACUCGUUUUCUAAAUUAGAUUACAAUAGAGAAUUUAUAAGUUAAACUUUAUUUAAGCUAGUUAUUUAAAUAGUGUUUAUGUCGAGGCACAUAUGAAAACACCAGCGAGAUCACACAAGAAGAUCUAUAUAGGAAUAAUAUGCGAUAGAUUAUGUAGAAGAUGUAAUAUGAAUCAAGUUGAAUCAGAGUAUCAUUUUUUGUUAAUGUGUCCUUUUAAUAUAGAAUUACUUUCAACACUUUUAGAUAAUUAUUAUUACACAUGGCCUAAUAUGAAUAAAUUCAAUAAGCUUAUGUCAACACCCAAAAGAUAAAAAAAAAUCGCAAAAAUUGUUUAUCUGGCUUUAAAGAAGAGAAAUGAGAGUGUUGCUGUGUAAAAAAAUAUGUAUUUCUUAAAACUUUUUGUCAUAUUCAUGAUGUAUUUAAUUAAAUAUGUUGAAUAUGUCGAGACUUGGAUUGUAUGUGUUUAUAUG